UCAAGAGAGAAAUACAGAGAAUUUCCUCCCAAAUAAUUCUUUCAUGGUAUCAGAGCCAAAACCCUAGAAAUUUUCUGCGACUACUGUUCACGAUCGCCCGGCAUGGCGUCCAUCGAUCGUUGCUCAGUUUUAGUCGGUUGUUGCUGUUUCCGGAUAACGGAACGGUCGACUGUUGCUCUAGUACGGUCGAGCACGUCGACCGUCUUGUCGGCAGAUUCUUUGAUCGAUGCUGCUGUUGAUUCUUCCGCCACCGCCGUACGCCACUCUGCUACCGCCAUGACCGAUGAACAACCAAGGAAGAUGUUUUCACCUAAAGAAGAUGACAAUCAUGAGAGGGGAACCUCUCUAUUUCCAAAUUUUGAUAAUUUGACUCCAGAACAGUGGAAUGCUGUUCGACAUGUUUUCUCCCUAUCACCGUCUGUUUCUAGUAUGAAGCUUUCAGGUGCAUCUCUUGAUACAGGAAGUACAAAUGAGGAUAGCUCUUAUGAUGAAGAUGAAGAACUGCAGACGGAAGAACGUAUGGACCAUUCCAGGAGGGACGGUCGACCAGAGGAAAGCGGUAGAGCAGACAGGCUACAGACGGUCAACCUGAUGGACCAUUCGGAUGUCCACGGUCAACCGUCCGAGAGGCAGAAUGACGGGUUCCUGAGAGAUGACCAAACGGUCGACCUGGUGGACCAUCCUGAUAUCCACGGUCGACCGUCCGCGAGGCAGAAUGACGUUUCUUUGGGAGAUGAUCAAACGGUCGACCGUGAUGUGGAAGACAGUCGACCGUCUCCGAGGUAGAAAGUUAGCGCUCCGGAACAGCUUCAGACG